AUGUUGCGCUCAUCAAUGCGCAUCGGUACGCCACGAGUGCCGAGUCAUCGCUCAUUUAUCGGCCGUUCAUUAAAGCCGGCUCAGACGAUCUUUUCGCGCAAUAGUCGGAGAGCUGCAUCAACGGUGACAAAGUUGGAAGACUUCCCGAAGGUUGGCGAGAAGCUCCAUGGAUUCACUCUGCAUGAGAAGAAGAAUGUUCCGGAACUUCAUCUAACCGCGGUUUGGCUGAAACAUGACCAAACCGGGGCAGACUACAUGCAUGUGGCCAGAGAUGACAAGAACAAUGUGUUUGGAAUUGGGUUCAAGACAAACCCGCCGGAUGCUACUGGUGUGCCUCAUAUUUUGGAGCAUACUACGCUAUGUGGCAGUGAAAAAUAUCCGAUUCGAGACCCGUUCUUUAAGAUGCUUCCACGCUCCCUCUCGAAUUUCAUGAAUGCUUUCACGGCUUCCGACCAUACUACCUACCCAUUCGCUACGACAAACCAACAAGAUUUCCAAAAUCUUCUGUCUGUUUACCUCGAUGCUACCCUGCACCCUCUUCUGAAGGAAUCAGACUUCCGACAAGAAGGUUGGCGCCUGGGUCCCGAGGAUCCGCGUGCUGGAGAGGUGGUUCCUGGGAAACCCGAGAACAAGCUGUCAUUGGAAGAUAUCGUGUUCAAGGGCGUUGUCUACAAUGAGAUGAAGGGCCAGAUAUCUGAUGCCAACUAUCUUUACUACAUUCGGUUCAAAGAGAGCAUCUUCCCGGAGCUGAACAACUCGGGUGGAGACCCAGAGUACAUCACGGAUCUUACCCAUAAGCAGCUGACGGACUUCUCAAAACGCAACUAUCACCCUAGCAACUCCAAAAUCUUCACAUACGGUGAUAUGCCUCUGGCUGAUCAUCUGCAGCAGAUCGGUGCAGUCCUGGACGGCUUCCAGAAGGGACAAGCGGAUACUGAUAUCAAGCGGCCUCUGGACCUCAGCAAGGGACCUGUGAACGUGACUGUUCCUGGCCCCAUAGAUACGUUCGCUAGCGAAGACAAGCAGCACAAGACCUCUACAUCCUGGUACAUGGGUGACACCACCGAUACCGUGGAGACCUUCGCCGUUGGAAUUGCGUCCUCGCUUCUUCUCGAUGGCUAUGGCUCACCCAUGUACCGAGCUCUUGUUGAGAGCGGUCUUGGCUCUUCAUUCACGCCAAAUACGGGUCUUGACACAUCCGGUCGGAUCCCCAUCUUCUCGGUUGGACUAAACGGUGUCACCGAAGCCAAUGCCGCUACCAUCAAAGACGUGAUCCAGAAUGUCUUCCGAGACACCGUCUCUGCUGGAUUCAGCGAGGAGAAAGUCCAAGGCUUCCUUCACCAGCUGGAGCUCGCGCUGCGCCACAAGACCGCGAACUUCGGAAUUGGUGUAAUGGAGAAGACCAUCUCGGCUUGGCUUAAUGGCUCCGAUCCUAUGAAGGAGCUCGCUUGGAACGAUGUCGUCAAUGAGUUCAAGAGCAGGUAUGCGAAGCCUGGAUAUCUGGAAUCUUUGGUCGAGAAGUACCUCAUCAACGACCAGUGCAUGACCUUCACUAUGGUCGGUAGCCCCACGUUCAACAAGGAGCUGGACCAGAAGGAGGUGGUGCGCAAGGAUAAGAAACUCGCGGCGCUUAUUGAAAAGCAUGGAUCGGCCGAGGAGGCUGUUACCAAGCUCGGAGAGGAGGAAUUGGAACUCCUCAAGAUUCAAGAGGACGCUCACAAUGCCGACCUGAGCUGCCUGCCAUCAUUGAGGGUCAAGGAUAUCUCGCGAGAGAAGGAACGCAAGCCUGUCCGAGAAUCUAAAGUCGAUGAUGCUGACGUCGUUUGGCGUGAAGCUCCCACCAACGGGCUGACCUAUUUCCAGGCCUUAAACGAGUUUGUCGAUCUUCCCGAUGAACUGCGGUUGCUCAUGCCCUUGUUUAAUGACUGCGUAAUGCGCCUUGGAACUGCCAACCGGUCGAUGGAACAAUGGGAAGAUUUGAUCAAGUUGAAGACCGGAGGCAUCUCGACCUCUUCCUUCCUAGUGUCAUCCCCAACGCAUCUGAACCAGUUCAAGGAGGGCAUGCAGUUCUCUGGAUUUGCCAUUGACAAGAAUAUCCCCGAGAUGCUGGAAAUGCUCUCGGUCUUGGUCACAGAGACAGACUUCAACAGCCCUGCUGCGCCAGCUAUGAUUCAAGAACUCCUGCGGAUGACCACCAACGGAGCUUUGGAUGCCAUUGCAGGAACGGGCCACCGAUUUGCCGUCAAUGCUGCUGCUGCCGGCCUUUCCCGAAGCUUCUGGGUUCAGGAGCAGCAGUCUGGUCUUGACCAAUUGCAAGCUACGGCUAAUCUGCUCCGGGACGCAGAGACUUCCCCCGAGCGUCUUCAAGAGCUCAUUGAAAAGCUUCGCUUGAUCCAGACCUUUGCUAUCUCCUCCUCGAACCUUCGCGUUCGCAUGGUCUGCGAGAAGGAGAGUGCUAGCACCAACGAGUCUGUUUUGCAGAAGUGGAUUUCUGGACUGCCCUCAGCCCGGUCCCCAGGCGCCGACCUUGCGAACAAUUCCUUCAAGUCAGCUGAUAAUGUCUUCUAUGACAUGCCAUACAAGGUCUACUACUCUGGCCAGGCUACUCAGACUGUGCCGUUUGUCGACCCCUCCAGUGCCCCUCUCACCGUUCUCUCACAACUUCUGACCCACAACUACCUCCACCCCGAGAUCCGAGAGAAGGGCGGUGCCUAUGGUGCAGGUGCUAGCAACGGUCCCAUCAAGGGGCUCUUCACCUUCAUGAGUUACCGAGACCCUAAUCCUCUGAACUCACUCAAGGUCUUCAAGAACAGUGGUAUCUUUGCUAGGGACCGUGCUUGGUCUGAGCGUGAGAUCGAAGAAGCCAAGCUUGGUAUAUUCCAAGGGCUUGAUGCCCCUAUGAGUGUUGAUGACGAAGGCGCCCGCUACUUCAUGAGUGGCGUGACCCAUGAAAUGGACCAGCGCUGGAGAGAACAAGUCUUGGAUGUCACAGCCAAGGAUGUGAACGCGGCUGCUGAAAAAUUCUUGGUGAAUGGCACCCGCAAAACGACUUGUGUUCUGGGUGAGAAGAAGGACUGGGCUGAUUCGGAAUGGGAGCUGCGCAAGCUUUCCAUGGAUGCUGCCGCUUAA